AUGGAUGAUGGACAUCUACCACUUACCGAUACAUUGGAUCCAACAAGUUAUUAUGCCGACUGGCAUCGCUUAUUAAAUGGCUAUGGUAGUCAAAGAUGUUAUCCAAUUCCUAAGAAUAUGUCACUGUGUCAAAAUAUUGGGUAUGAUGGCAUGAUAUUACCGAAUUAUCUACAACAUGAAGAUCUUAAAGAAGCUGUGGAACAAUCACAGGUAUGGAUCAGUUUAGCUCAAACUGAAUGUCAUCCAGAUUUGAGAAAGUUCUUAUGUGCUUUAUACGCUCCAGUCUGUGUUGAAGGUCAUCAAGAACACUUAAUACACCCUUGUCAAAAUUUAUGCGAGGAUGUUAGACGUAGUUGUCUACCGAAAAUGUUACAGUUCGGAUUUGGAUGGCCAGACAUUGUGAAGUGUUCAAGAUUUCCAACUAGUGCAACUAGAAUGUGUAUACCUUUAUCACAACAGAGAAGACUUCGAUGCUCUGGUUGUGUUGAAGAACCAACAUUUGAAAGUGCUAUCAGCAGUUUUUGCAUGGCUGAUGUUGUGUUACGAGCACAAAUAAUAUAUAUUAACAAAGACAAUACGAGCAACAGUAGAUCUGUUCAACUAUAUUUGGACAGACAAGCACGAACUCUUAAACUACCACGUGAACGAAUUAAUUAUGGUCACUUGAAGAUAACAGUGGACUGUGAAUGUGGUUUAUUAGAUGAAACAAUGAAUUCAUUACAAAAUAGAUUGAUAAAAUGGUUGAUAAUGGGUAAAAUAUCACCAAAUCGAGGCACUUUACAUGUUGAGUAUUUAUCACGUAUCAGUCGUUCUAAUUUGGGACUUAAGCGUGCUCUUAAAGCUAUGAGACGCCCAGCUUCACAAUUAUGCAAACUACCAAUCUCAGACAAAUUCCCAUCAACUAAUAUGAAACAUAAUCUGCCAAAUUCACUUCAACAUAUUAAAUCAACACCAACUAGACGAUCUUAUCCAAAUAAUAAAGAACGUUAUUCAACUCAAUCAAGCAAUUAUUUCUACUCAUCACCAUCUACAUUGUUGAACAAAACGCAUAUCAAUCCAACAGUUCGUACAUUUCCAACUUCUAUAUCAUCUCAUUCUAAUUCACGUGAAAAACAUGCAACACGUCGUUUAUUAGUACGUCGUAGCCAAGGUACACUGAAUAAACAUACAGAAAAUAAAUAUGUAACAAGUACUAACCAGAAUAAUAAUGAUCUUUAUCCAGUCAGAUCAGCUUUAAUUAAAUACUCCAAAGAUUCAGUGCACUUUAAACCAUUUAUGCAGAUAUCAAAACCAGAAGAAAAAUUACCACUUGAAAGUGAAAAUGAUUUAUUCUCACCACAAACAAUAUCACCAUGGUUACGAUGA